AUGUCGCAGAAAUUCUCCGCCGAAGAAGUGGUCAAGCACAACACCCCAGAGUCGUGUUGGGUAGCAUUAUACGGCAAUGUCUGGGACGUGACCUCCUUCCUUCCUUCACAUCCAGGCGGUUCCGCCAUAAUCCUCAAACUCGCCGGUCGAGACUGUACCGAAGAAUACGAUCCCAUCCACCCUCCCGGAACGCUCGAAGAAAACCUACCUCCUACAGCGAAGCUCGGGAUUUAUGAUGCCUCGACCGCUCCAGAAAUUACAAAGCCAGAGGAUGAAGAACCAAAGGAGGGGUCACCGAAUAUGCAGAAUUUGCUUAAUCUAGAUGAGAUUGAAGAGGUGGCUACGAAGCAGAUUUCGAAGAAGUGUUGGGCGUACUAUUACUCUGCGGGAGACGAUCUGAUAUCUAAGAGGUUCAAUAAUCUGGUCUAUAAACAAAUUCUGUUGCGUCCGCGGGUUUUCGUGGAUUGUUCGAAAUGCGAUUUAUCGACGACGAUGUUGGGAUACAGUGUUGGACUACCUUUAUAUGUAUCCCCGGCUGCCAUGGCGAGGUUAGCACAUCCGGAUGGCGAGCGUGGAAUUGCGCAGGGUAUUAGCUCGUUUGGUGCUUGCCAGAUCAUCUCGAAUAAUGCGUCGAUGACCCCGGAGCAAAUCGUAGAGGGGUCGUUACCGGGGCAGAUUUUCGGGUGGCAGUUAUAUGUUCAGAAUACUAGGCAGAAGAGUGUAGAUAUGUUGAAGAGGAUUAAUAAGAUGAAGGAUAAGUAUAAGUUUAUUGUUCUGACUUUGGAUGCGCCGGUGCCGGGGAAGAGAGAACACGAUGAGAGGAUGUCGAGUGUUGGAGCGCAAUUACCUAGUCCGUCUGCUGUGAAGAAGGCCCGAGAUGGACCUGGAGGAGGUGUUGGGAAGUCGCUGUUCUUUGGAACGGCAGCGGAUCUGACUUGGAAGGAUACUUUGAAGUGGUUGGAGCAGCAGACAGAUUUGCCUAUCGUGUUGAAGGGGUUGCAGACUCAUGAGGAUGCUUACAUGGCAGCUCAAUUCCCUCAGGUCAAGGCCAUCAUUCUUUCGAAUCACGGAGGAAGAGCUUUAGAUACAGCGCCUCCAGCAGUCCACACGUUACUGGAGAUUCGAAAGUACUGCCCAGAAGUUUUCAGCAGGCUGGAGGUAUGGGUUGACGGUGGUAUCAAGAGAGGAACGGAUGUGGUCAAGGCGUUGUGUCUGGGUGCAAAAGCGGUCGGUGUAGGAAGAGCAGCAUUGUUUGGACUUGGUGCCGGUGGUACUGAGGGUGUCGAGAGGACCUUUGAGAUUCUUAAGGCGGAGAUUGAUACUUGCAUGAGACUUCUCGGGGUGGACAAAGUCAGCGACCUGGGACCCAAACACAUCAACUCCAGAGCCGUAGAGCGGGAUAUAUAUGAUGGAAGUGCAGGACUAGAGAAGCUAGGUUUAUGGGUAAAAGCUCGCUUGUAG